AUGACCAAGCAGGCCACUCCGCCUCCUGAUUCUGCUCCCUCUACCGCUGCUGCCGUCGCCCACGAACCGCCCUCGCUGCCCGCCUCGCCCCUCGCCAAGCGAACCAAGACCGACGACGCCGUCGAGAACAACGGAACUUCUACUUCUACGAGCAUUGCCUCCGUCAUGGCCUCCUCCUCCAAUGGCAAUGGCAAUGGCACCGCUGUGACCUCCAUCUCCCAGCCUACGCCUCCUCCGCUCCUGGUGAAGAAGCUGACCGAGUCGGCUCGGGCACCCACGCGGGGAUCCGCCUUUGCGGCCGGAUACGAUCUCUACAGUGCAAAGGACACCGUCAUCCCGGCCAAGGGCAAGGGAUUGGUGGAUACGGGAUUGGCGAUUGCCGUGCCCGAGGGGACGUACGGGCGUAUCGCUCCCCGCAGCGGUCUUGCGGCCAAGAACUUUAUCGACACGGGCGCCGGGGUCAUUGAUGCCGACUACAGGGGGGAGGUCAAGGUGUUGCUGUUCAACUUUUCGGACGAGGACUUUACUGUCAAGGAAGGAGAUCGCAUUGCCCAGCUCGUUCUGGAGAGGAUCUACACCCCUGAGGUCGUGGUUGUCGAUCAACUCGAAGAGAGUGUCCGCGGUGCGGGCGGUUUUGGCAGCACCGGAAGAUAG